ACAUAAUAGAUGCUUAUCAAAUAUGCACUUCACCCACGAAAGCAGCAACGAACGAACGAAAAAGUGAAAGAAAAAGUCAACCAUGAAGGCUGUGACAAUGAUCAUGUUAACAUGUUCUGUCUCUACUUUUGCAGUGAGAUUACAGUGGCAAAGAGAAAGAAAGCCAGCCGUCAAACGAAGUCUGGGUCCUUUGCAGGUUAACCGUGGUCAGGUGACCUUUGAUUCAGAAGGUAAUGAUAAUCCAAACAGCAUUUAUUUCAGUCGUAAACCUCACGUUCCCAGCUCAGCAUCAGGUAUAACUAUUGGUCGUGGUUAUGAUCUCAAAUUGCGUAAACAAUCUGAGGUAUAUAAUGACUUAACAAACAGCGACAUGUCGUCCUCGAUUGCUCAGAAAUUCUCUUAUGGUAUUGGAUUGAAGGGAGAUUGUGCCAAAAAUUACCUCAAGGCACACAAUCUAGAGAAUCACAUAAUCAGUCAUGAAGAACAAAAAAAACUUUUCUACAUUGCAUAUGACGAAAUAGCUGCUGAUGCAAAACGACUAGCAACAAAAUCAGAUGUCCAACGGGCUUACGGUGUCACAAACUGGGCACAACUAAAUCCAUCAAUCAAAGAGAUUGUCGUGGAUCUAAGAUAUCGCGGCGACUAUACACCGACUACGAGAAGAAAAAUCCAACGGGCAGUUGCUGCAAACAAUCUUCCACUUUUUACACAACUCAUGAGCGACUCAACAUAUUGGUUAACUACGAUAGGAGUGCCUCGAGAUCGCUUUCAACGUCGUGUUGAUGCUUUGAAAAAAGCUGGGUAAAAAGAAGACGAGGUCGAACUUUUUUUUUGGUUGUUUUGUACCUUUUCAAUAGCAAGUAAUUAUUAUGUAAUUAAACAAAACCAAACAAAAUACAUUAAAGAAUUUUCCACCAA